ACUAGUAGGUCAAAGUAAUUAGAGACACCAUUUUUAAGACUAAUCAUUAGAUUCUAAACAAAUGUACAAGUCAAAAAAAACAACACAAGAGAAGACCCAUUCUUAAAGAGUGAAGACAUUCCUCUCCAACCACAAUACAAAUUGAUUCUCCCCCACACCCCUAUAUGCCAUAGCCAUGAGACCACCACCACUAUCUCUAUAACUCUCCUUCCCCCGCCAUCUUUCUUACAGUCUUUUUCUAUCUUCAAGCUCUCAUUCUUUCCUUGAUCUUCCUCAUAAAAGAAUCAAGAAAAUUAUUGAGGGUUCAAGAAAAUGUUGGGCAAGAAGAUGGUUUCUUUCAAGAAACUUGCCAAGAAGGUGAAGGUUAUUGGUAAAGGUAAUGGGUGUGAGGCAUCACAACAAGAGUGUUUGCUUGGAGGAUAUGAGGAUGAAUCUUGUUUGAGUACCAGUACAACACCAACUGGUUUUUUUGCUCUAUAUGUAGGAGAGGAGAGGGAAAGAUUUGUAGUUCCAACGAGUUUUCUCAAUCAUCCACUCUUCAAGAUGCUGUUAGAGAAGUCAUUCGAUGAGUUAAAUGGAUUUGAACAAAAGAAUAGGCUUGUUGUUCCAUGUAGUGUAUCCACAUUUCAAGAAGUUGUAAAUGCUAUUGGAUGUUGUAAUGGUAGGUUUGAUUUUGGAGAUUUGGUUGAGGAAUUUAUUUAAAGAAGAAGAAAAAAUAGAAACCUAUUCCAUGAGGUAGACUUUUAUGUAAAAAUACAUAUACUCAUGUAUAUCUGUUAACAUGGUUAGGCUAAUUUUUGAUCUUAUCAAUGACAAUUUACGAGUUUCUAGCUAGCUUGGAAAUCAUAGUUAGAGAAUGAAGUGAAUCUUUUAGGUGAGAUGCUUUUAUUUUCUCUUCUUUAAUUCUUCUUUUCCCUUUUUCUUUUUCUGGGUAGAGGGUGUCAACAGCAACACAAGUUUUGACAAAGUUACUGGGUGGAUAGAAAUCCCAUGCAGGUGAUGUUAAGCUUACCAGUCCUGUGUCUCGACUGCCUGAUAAUUUCUUAAGAAGCCUUCAUGCUCUCUUUUUCUUGCUUCUAAGACCCAUUAUUAUGUCUUGGUGCAUAGCAAGGUAGUGUGCAGGAAAGUAUCAACGGCAGUAACAAUUAAAAGGAAGAGGGAACGUCAGCAUUAAUUACUACAAUAAUGCGAUAACCUCAGUUGAUCGAGCUUGCUAUGGACUAUAGAUUAGGCAUAAGCACGAAAAGAAGAUUAUGAACACUAAUCCGACUUUUCUAAUUAAUGGUAAUGAAGUUGUAUUUUGGUUGAAAUCUACUAAGGAAUUCAUUUGACUUGAAAGAAAAAAUAAUAUGAGAGAAAAAAUAAAAUAAAAUAAAAAAAAUUGAAAGAGAUAUUUUAAUAUUAUAAAAUAUAUCGAUUUAUUAAUAUGAAAUUCAAUCGAAAAUUCUAUCUAUUUCUUUAAAAGUUAGUUUAGAUAUUACUAAUUCCAUGAAUUUGAUAUUGUAUAAUUCUAAAUUAACUUUAUACCAAUCAAAAUCCAUAAAUUUUAUAUUGCAAAUAAUUAUAUAGGUUUUAUAAAUUUUAACUAAACUGAAUGAAAGAAGUGUAAUUUCAAUUUUUUUGCCAGCAUACACUAUAAAGUAAGUAAGUACCAGGGCCGACUUAACAAAAAUAUAGCCUAGACAAGAAAAGAUAUUCAUACAAAAGAAUUUUCGAGGGUAUUUUGUGGAACCCUAAUUUUCCUUUGUCAAUAUUUUAAAAAAAUAAAAUAAAAAAUUUGAGAGACCCUUUUCUUCUAGGAGGCUCUAGAUACAGGCCUUGGUGGCCUUAUUCUAAGCACUUCACCUUUC